AUGGUUUCUGUUACUAGCUACUUGGCUUCACUAAUGGUAUUUUCGAUGGUACUUAUUGCAGUCGUAUCUGGUAAAAUGGGUAUGACGGUGGCGAAAGUGUCUCAUCAAAAUGAUUUGGCGAUUGAUUUAGUUACAUGUGAUACUGCAAAAGGCUGCAAUCCUUAUUCGGGUGAUACAGAUUGUAAUACAAGAUUACCUGUUCUUUGUAAACAAACCGAUAAAUCACCACGUCCAGCCUAUACAAUGACAUGUACUGACCAUGCAAUGCCAAAAGAGUUCUAUUGUGGUUGGACAAUGGGUUACAUUGCAACAACUCCAAAAGUUGCUGCCUCUACAUUUUCAUCUAUCAGGGAUGUUGAUGCAUAUUGUACAGAUGCAUUUGGUCCAGGAUGGGUUACAGCUGAGUUUCAUGAUAGUCGUUAUAUUCCUGGAAUGAAUGGUGCAACAUAUGCUAAUGCUCAGUGGACACAAUGGGGUGCGAGUCAUGGAAAUAACUACCCAAGUGGAGGAUGGAGUUAUUAUUCGUAUGGAAAUGUUCGUAAUGAUACACGAUUUUGGAUGGACAUUAACGAUCAACCAACAACUUUAGCUGCUCUUAUUUCACUUAUUGUUGGACUCAGUCCUCGAAUGUUAAGUAGUAUAACAAUUGAUCUUUCAGAUACAGUUCGAUGGAUUUGUAAAAUGCGUGGUUUUACUUUAUUUACAUUUCAUGCAAUUGCAUUUUGA